AUGAGAGGCCGUGGUGGCUUUAGUAGAAUGAUGCCAGUGUGUAAUGACAACACUGUGGCUUCUUCGUAUGAUGCCGAGCUCGCAUCCACAUUAGUGCAAAAACAACACAAACAACAUUAUCAUCAUCUGCAAAGGCCGAAACACACAGAAAGGGGAGAACCAAUGUAUGAUGGAUAUGUAGUGUUGGACUUUGAGGCGACAUGUGAGGGUGGGCAGCGUAUUGCUGAUCCGGAGAUCAUUGAAUUCCCAAUGAUUCUCAUAGAUGCCCGUACUGGAUGUGUGUUAGCUGAGUUCCAACGCUAUGUGCGUCCUGUACUUCAUCCAACGUUAUCUACAUUCUGCACAGAACUCACUGGUAUUACCCAGUCGGUUGUGGAUGCUGCAGAGACAUUCCCUGCUGUGUGGAAGGCGGCGCUGGAUUUUCUUCACCGUGCGGGAUAUGGUGGGGCCCCACCACUGCGUAGUUAUCUCUUCGUUACGUGUGGAGAUUGGGAUCUGCAGACAAUGCUGCCGAGGCAGUUGGAGAUUACAGCGAGAUAUCAUGAUGAACACACAUCAUCUACUCCUGUGACCCCUCCUGCAACGUUUAAACGUUGGUGUAAUAUUAAGAAACUCAUGCGGAGUCAUUGUGGUUUUUUGCAUGCACAACGUCGAAUCAGUGAUUUACCCGAUAUGAUGGCUGUGUUGGGUCUUCACAUGAAAGGGAGACACCACAGUGGGAUUGAUGAUUGUAGAAAUAUCGUCUCUGUCCUGCAGCGGCUUAUGUGUGAUGGCUGUUGUAUAGCACCAACCACAGAUCACAGUGGAUUGCAACAGUGGAUGGGUUCUCUUUCAAAUGUAUCGGCACCAAUAACAUCCCUCGUCUCCGAUAAAGAACCAUCAUCAUCAUCAUUGUUAUUAUUAUCAUCCGAACAGCAACAGCAACAACAACAAGAAGAAAAAGAAAAAGAAAAAAGAGAAGAGAUGGUAGCCGAUACCAAACGUACGUCAGAGGAGGAAAAAGAUGUGAAAGAGAGGAAACGACAAAAAGAUAGAUUACAAUCAAAGCCGCUGGUAAAAGAACGGAUGCAUGUUAACAUUUUAACAGAUGUGGAUCCACUACCCACACUACUGCAAGGUUGUACAUUAUCAGAGUCUGAGAAGAUCACAUACUCAAAGGCCCUUUCACGCAUUCUCCGUCAUGCUGCCGAUAGUAUGGGAAUCCCUAUUUCUAAUGAAGGAUAUGUACGUGUAGAGGACUUAAUAAAGAAGAAGCCAUUUUGCAAUAACCCUCAAGCUGUUAAACAUAUUGCUUUUGUGGUGCAUACCAAUGAGAAGCAGCGUUUUAAAAUGGCAUAUGAUGAAGAUCAUCAUCUUUAUAUUCGUGCAAAUCAGGGACAUAGUAUGGAUGGUAUUAACCCAGAGUUGCAACGCAUUACCUCCAGCGUUGCAUUGCCAGAUACUAUUGUUCACGGAACAUAUCAUAACGCGUGGAAAGAGAUUCGUGCCUGUGGGUAUCUAUCUACUAUGAGUCGUCAACACAUUCACUUCGCCAAGGGUCUUUCCAAGAGUGAUGGUGUGAUAAGUGGUAUGCGGGGCAAUGUGCAGGUGUUGUUGUAUCUGGAUGUGGACAAACUUCUUGCAGAUGGGAUUGAGUUGUGGGAAAGUGCAAAUGGUGUUGUUUUAACGCCUGGUGUGGGACAGACGAAACGGCUGCCGCUUGUAUACAUUGCUCGCGUCGUUGACAGAGAGACAGGUGAAAAUCUUCCGUUUUGA